AUGACUAUCAAGGAUUGGGUCAAGGCAUACAAAAACGGCGAUUUCGUCAGCCGUGACUACGAAACCCAAGUCAAGGCUGGGUGGUAUGAUUGGUUUUGCAAAACCGCAUCACUUGCCCGAAAGACCGAGGCAAUGGCUAAAAUCCUUAGCCGUAUCACCAAGCCCGAGUUGCUUGACUGCGAGGCGAUUUUCGCCAACAAGUGUCCCGCAUCUGCCCAUCCACUUUAUGAGAUGAUGUGGAUUCAGACACACGACGAAAAAGAGGACACCGUGUUCUGCAUUUCAAUCGGGGACAAGCGUUUCGACCACCGC